AUGCGGGCUGGCGGGGCGCGCGGCGGGCGAGCUCCCAGCCGGGCCGAGAGCGGCGGCGGCGGCUGCUGCGGUGACUGCUGCUGCGGCUGCUGGCGGGGCGCGCGGCGGCGGGGCCAGGGCGGCACGGCAUCGGCGGCUGGCGGGCACCCUGGGCCGGGCUCCGGGGAGGAGGGUGCCAAAGGAGGGGAAGGCCAGGCCAGGCAGGGCGCGCGGGAGGCGGGCUCGGGUCCGGGGGUCCGGGGGGGCAGGGCGGCGAGGGAGGCGGAGGGAGGCGGCCGCAGCGCGGCGGGCGGGGCGGGGCGGGGCGAGGCGGCAGUCGCCGUCGCCCUGCUGACUGCCCGCCCCUUCCUCGACGGCGGCGCGCUUCGGGUUCGGGGGGCGCGCGGCGGGAGGCUUGUAGUCUUGCCGCCGGUCCUUCGGAGGCUCCCCGCAACCGCCCGAGGCCGCGGGGCUGCGCGCUCCGCAGGCCGGGCUCCUUCAAGCCGGAGUGGUGCGGGUGCUGCCCGAGACUUUCCUGACCUUGGUUUGGAACACUUCGGCGUUGGCAGCGGGCAGCCGGGGGAGGGUAGCGGAGGGACGGAAGGAGAGGCCCGAGGCUGA